GUCCAGCAGACAGCAAAUCAGUGAAUCAAGUACGAAAAGCAGGUAACGAAAUCGAAGCCGCUGCCUUAAACCAGGAUAUUAGAGGCAUAUAUUGGUUAAGACGAUUCACCUGACCCUUCACCCAAGCCCAUUUUGAAAUGAGAAAGAGAGCGGACAGGCCCCUGAAAAGGCUGGAUUGGCCCUAGAUCGAAUAUCCUUCAUCCGACUUGUCGCGACGUGUUCUAUCCUGAUUUUUUGACGUCACUCUUCAUGCAAUCCGAGAUCCCAUGACUCAUAUUUCGCUCAGUUUUUCUCCAGCUUUGGUCUGGAUUAUCAGCUUCAUACUUCAGGCUUAGAACCAUGGAGUUGUCACGAGUGGAUGGACAUCAGGAUGAAGAUGAAGAUACUGCCAUCAAAAUUGAAGGCCAACCCGGGCAAUCUGUGGUUUUGGGCCGAGGACAAUUGUUACAGAUUGCCGAGGCUGGAAUGUCGCGAAAAAUGGCUAAGAUCACCUUGACUAAAGAGUCCAAAUCCUGGAUCUUGGAAGCGGUUCAUGAGGCCAAGCCUUGUUAUCAUGAUAAAUUCGGAGAUUUUAAGGCUUUGAUGCCUGGAGAGAGAGUGAAGAUCGUGGAUGGCUUGCAAUUCUCCUUGGCCAUUAACAAGUAUAUAUUUAAGGUAAGAAUGGUGAUGACAGGGACCAACUCUAGACCCAAAAGUGCCCCUCUCCCUCAGUCUAAAACUCAAGUCAAGGCCAAGGACCAGGCUGAGAAGAGCAAUUGUUCUCAAGUGAAAGUGGUGAGCAACAAGUCCUCGAAGAAUGAAGCCAAAAGCGAUUUAAAGCCGAAUCCAAUCAAAAGUCUUAAGGAUGACCCCCAAAUCAGUGCUUCGAAGAGUCCUCCGGAAAGUCAGGAUGUUGAAUCCGCCGAAGAAGAGAUGAAGAUGAAAAAAGAUUCCCCAAGUAGCACGAAAGACAGUCCUGUCGAAAGUUCAAAAGAUGACUCUGCAGACGCUGAAGAUGAAGAAGAAGAGAUGGAUUGCGACUUGAAUGACGACUCACAGGAUGAGCCAAAGGAUGAACCAAAGGAUAAACCAAAGGAUAAACCAAAGGGCGAUCAAAAAGUUGCCUCAGGAAGUGAAAAGGGGGCCAUCCAUUCAAAUGGUGAAGUGAAAGCCUCUACCUCCAAAAGUAAGGCCGUCUUGGAAAUACUCAAAGAAGGCAAUCCUGUGGAAAUUGCCAAAAAAAGAGAUUUACCCAAGUGGAUGAAGAGUCUAAGCAUCGAGAGUGCCAUGUUAAGUACACCCGAAGAAAGAAAAAAAGAGAAAAAGGAUACCCAAAGACCAGCCAAGAACUCGGCUAAAUCUAAGGACAUGUCCGUGAAAGGUAAGAAGAAGCCCCAGUAUGAUCAAGAUGAAGAAACCGAAGAUGAUUCCAGAAAGCCUACUCAGACCUCUUCUAAAUCCAAGAACAUUGCCAUGAAAGGCAAGAAAAAACCACAGUAUAACCAAGACGAGGAGACUGAGGAUGAUUCCAGAGUGCCGAAGAAACGCCCUGCCAAGACUCCUGUAAACAAGCCGAGCGCUAAGAAGAAGGUCCCGCCUCGGAAAGAUUCUCGUGGACAACGGGAUGAGAAGAAUAAAACUGCCGGGAAGAAGCCACAAGCGAGCCCACGUGGUAAACACGCUGUGUCUUCCUCUGAAAGUGAUACGGAUGAAGACUUCGAGAUGGUGCCUGCGGCUUCGCUCAAGAAACCCACCCAAAAGUCUAAUACCGUAUCUAAGCCUAAAUCAGCUACUCGAAGGCGAAAGCAAUGCCAAUUUGGAUCCAAUUGUUACCGCAAGAAUCCCCAACAUCGCAAAGAGUUGUCCCAUCCUGGGGACCGGGAUUAUGACAGUGAUCCCAAGGUUCCCAAGGUCAGCGACAGCGAUGACGACAGCGACAACGAAAGUGACCAGACUGCUGGAAGUGAUGAUGAUCGUCCGGAGUGUGAUUUUGGAAAGAACUGUUAUCGGAAGAACCCCCAGCAUCGCAAAGAAUACAAGCACACCACCAAUCCACGUCCCAAAAGAAAAGCCAAAACGGCUGCCGCUGCCAAGAAAGGCAAGCCCCAAGGAUCCGGUUCAGAGUAUGAUGGUUCCUUCAUCGAUGAUGAUUCCGAUGUCAAAGACAUCAGUCACGACGAGACCAGCGAAGAGGAAUAUGUGCCUUCCGAGGAUGACUAGACGCAUGUUCAUCCUUCCCAUAUGACUAUAACCAACCAUCUAAAAAUGCUCUAAAAUACCACCCUGAAGAAUGUGAUAAAUAUAUAUUGAACUUUGAACAGCA